AUGCCAACGCUCGGCUUUGGUGUCUAUCAAAAUUAUACUACCGCAGAAUCUGUCACGGAGGCGCUCCGGGUGGGGUACAGACAUAUUGAUUCUGCACAAACGUACCGCAACGAGGCACACGUUGGAGCCGCAGUCAGAGAGAGCCGCUUAAGCAGACAGGAGGUUUUCGUGACCACAAAAUGCAUCAAUAAAACCCACGGUUACGAAAGCACCCUGAGCGGAGUAGACGCAUCUCUCGAGCGCUUUAGUUUCGAAUAUAUUGAUCUCUUUCUGAUUCACGACCCGAUGUCUGGCAAGGAGCGCCGGUUGCAGACCUACAAGGCGCUUCAAGAAGCACGACGGGCAGGCAAGAUCAAGAGUGUAGGUGUCUCGAAUUAUGGAGUGAAGCAUCUAGAAGAAAUAAAGGAUGCAGGUUUUGAAGUCCCUUCCGUGAAUCAAAUUGAGUUGCACCCGUUCUGUCAGCAAAAGGCGAUUGUGUCUUAUUGCCGUGAACAUUCGAUUGUUGUUCAGGCAUAUUGUCCAAUCCUGCGAGGAAAGCUGGACGAUCCGACCAUCGGAGAAGUUGCGAGCAAGCAUAACCGGGAUCCAGCUCAGGUAUUACUGCGGUGGUCGCUUCAGAAGGGAUUCGUGCCCCUCCCCAAAUCGGUUACUCCUUCCCGAAUCCAAUCAAAUAUCCGGUUAUAUGACUUCGCUCUUGACGACGAGGACAUGGCUCGGCUAGACGCACUUGACAAGGGCAGUGGUGGCUCCAUCAGUUGGAAUCCAGUCGACGUCAACUGA